CUGCUUUAGGUGAAAUGCUGAAUUAGAUGCUCCUGGUUGGGCAUAUUUUCCUAGCUAUUUCUUGCAGUAUUUGAGGGUAUGAAGUAUUGGUUCUCAAGACUGUUUGGAGGGCAGGGACUCAGCGCUGAAAUGCAGCCGCCAAUCCCACAAGGCAAAAUGUAAUAUUAUCGCCUGCCUGUAAGUGUUUGUGUUGGGUAUUUUCCUAGGACCUCAUGAGUUUUUGGAUAUGUUUAUGUCCACUGACUUCUUUUGGGGGAAUCGAUAGCUUUCAGGUGGGAUAAGAGAUGGUGGUUUCUUGCAUGGUAGCUUAAAUUUGCUGAGUUGUGGUGGAACGAACAGAGAGACAACAGCGUAUGGGUGUUGGCCUUUUUAACUAUUAGGAUGCCAUCUAUUAUUCAGCUGAAUAGUCAUGCUAUUUGGUUUGUACUUCCCUGUUAAGUACCACAGACAUAUUUGGCUCGAGUGUAGUACUGGCAAGCACACAUGUAAAAGUAUGCUUUAACAAAAUAGGGUGGGAGAAAAAAAGAAGUAUUAACGCUGAUUUUUUUGCCCCAAUCUGCUCAUAUUUCUCCAUAUUUGGAAAUGUUUACCUCUCAGUGCAAUUUGAAGUAGGCUGGUGUGGGGAGGUGAGUCACACAGAAGUGCGAAGCGACCGGGUUUUGUGAGGGUGGUCCUGGGUGUGCUCCCAGUGGUGCAGGGGAACCGGCCAGAGGAGCGCCUGCAGAAACCAUGUGGAGUUCACAGGACGGCGAUGGCGGCCAGCUUGGUCAUGUGACCGCACGGAUGGAAACCACCCCGGGCUUCGGAACACCUAGCAUCUCUGUCUCCCAGCAGCAGGUGCCCAAGAAGUUUGCCCCGGUGGUCGCUCCCAAGCCAAAGUUUAAUCCCUACAAGCUGAGUGAGUCUGCACAGUCGGGAGGUGACGAUCCCCUACCGCCACCCAUGGAAGACUUUCCCCUGCCUCCCCCUCCAGCUGAUGGGGCCUCCUUCAGUGUGCAAGUGAAAGGUCCAGAGAAGACCCUGGAGGAGCGCCGUUCCAGUCUGGAUGCUGAGAUUGACUCCCUCACCAGCAUCUUGGCAGACCUGGAGAACAGUCCCCCGUAUAAGCCCAGGCCCCCACAGAACUAUGGGGUGUCCUCUGGCACUGGCCCCACCUCCGCACCAGUCAUCGGACACAAGAGCAUGGUGAUUCCAAACCAGCCUCCCCUGACAGCAACCAAGAAGUCUACAGCCAAGCCUCAAACCCCAACUGCCUCUCCAAGCGCGAUUGCCAAGCCCCAGGCCCAGCCCCAGGUUCAACCCCAACCCCAGGUUCAACCCCAACCCCAGCCUGUUCCAGCCUCCUAUACCACUACCUCCACCCCCAGUCGACCAGCCAUCAAUGUCCAGGUGAAGACUGCCCAGCCCAGCCCCCAUUACAUGCCCCCAGGUCCCCCCCAGCCCCCUCACCAGUUCCAUCCUCAGCCCCCUCAUCAGUCUCCUCACCAGCUCCCUCACCCAGUGCGCAUACCAGCCCCAGCCCCUUAUGGCGCCCCCCAGCUCCGUAACAAUGCAGAUUUUGCCUAUGGGCCACCUCAGCCCAGCUACACUCCUCAGCCUCUCAGAGGGUACCCAGAGCAGCACUACCAGGUGAUGGGGCAAGGUCUGCCCUAUGGGAACCAGAACACCUGGAGACCCGAGCCUGGUCAUCCUGCUGCACCCUUCAGCCAGGGCUAUCAUCCUCCAGGCCCAAAGAAGACCUACAUCACCGAUGUGCCUCCUGCCCUGGCACCAUCGACAGGCCCACAGUUCGGUUCCGGUCUUGUGGCCCAGCAGAAGGGUCCUGCCCCCAUGACCAGCCGCCCCGAGGAGGAGCUGGACCGUCUGACCAAGCGGAUGCUGUACGACAUGGAGCACCCCCCGUCCGAGGAGUACUUCGGACGCUGUGCCAGCUGUGGCGAGAAUGUGGUGGGCGAGGGCACCGGUUGCACCGCCAUGGACCAGGUGUUCCACGUGGAUUGUUUCGUCUGCAUGACCUGUGGCACCAAGCUUCGCGGAAGGCCCUUCUAUGCUAUGGAGAAAAAGGCCUACUGUGAGCCCUGUUACAUUAACACCUUGGAGACCUGCCAUGUGUGUGCCCAGCCCAUCAUGGAGCGCAUUCUGCGUGCCACAGGCAAGGCUUACCACCCGCACUGCUUCAGCUGCGUGGUGUGCCACCGCAGUCUGGACGGCAUCCCCUUCACUGUGGAUGCCAGCAACCAGAUCCACUGCAUUGAGGACUUCCACAAGAAGUACGCCCCGCGCUGCUCCGUAUGCAAGGAGCCCAUCAUGCCAGCCCCGGGCCAGGAGGAGACCGUGCGCAUCGUGGCUCUAGACCGUGACUUCCACGUGCAGUGCUACUGCUGUGAGGACUGCGGCUCCCUGCUCUCUGAGGGUGACAAUCAGGGCUGUUACCCCCUGGACGGCCACGUCCUCUGCAAGAACUGCAACACCACGCGCAUCCAGGCCCUCACUGCCAAGGCCACCACCGACCUUUGAGGGCUUUCCAUUCCUGCCUGCACCCCAUAACCCCCAGCAGCAGCCUGCACACAGCACUCCGCCCCGGACUGGCUAAUAUUCACCCAACCUGAACCAUGUUACCUACACAGUGCUACUCUGCUACAUACCACAUAUCCUAAACUAUUCCUCGCACUAAACUGCCACCCAGCAAUUCACCCCAAUACCCCUUGUGAUCCAAACCCGCGUAUCUUGCAGGGGCACGUCCCGCAAGUUGAGCUUCCAGCCAAUCACAUUUGAGCACACACACCCUCACACACACACACACACACACACACACACACACACACACACAAGACCUCCUUCCUCUGUACACUGAGCUCAGGCAUUGCUUCGGCAGGCCAGAUGUUAGGCCUCAGUGUGUGAGCAGGUACGCUAAUGUCUAACCGGCUAAUCUAUGCAGCAUUCCCAGCAGUCUGACCACGUAGCUUCCUGUUAGCACUCAGGCAAUUUGACGUGACUGUCAAUGCUUAAAACCUUGUAUAUAAUUGGGCCGAUGGUCCAGGCCAAAUGCCACCCAAUCCCAAAUGUUUGUGAGCUCCGUAGGUAUCACAUGGGCGCAAGGAUGUCCAGAUUUUUCCAUCCGUUCACGGCCCAGAGAGUUUGGCCCCGGCUAUGCAACAGUUUACUGAAAAAAGGGAUUGUGCAGCUUGAAUUCUUUUCGCUUCAUACGGCCCCUUAUAUUAUUGUUUAAUAUUAGCAAUGCUACAUAUUUUCCUAUUAGUAUUGGCUUCGAAUAACGUAGGAGACUCGCACACUUAGAUUUAUGCAUAGCCAGUAAUUGCUUUACACAAUCAGAUGGAUUAAGCAGUAGAUUUGCACUUAGUUGAGUGAAGAUUAUCCUUCCUUCAGAAAUAGUUUUUUUUUUUUGUUUAGGUAUCCAUUAAAACAUGGUCUUAUACCAGUUUGCUUGUGAGAUUGGUAUGCAAUAGUAUAAAAUAGAACUGAGUCAUAGGUACUAAGCAAGGUUUAGCAGAAAGAUGAGCGAAACUAGGAAUAUUACAAUUUUUCUUACAUUGUGUGACAAUCUAACAUGCAAUUGUCAUUACUUAUAAAUACUGAAUCCAGAUACUUAUUAUAUUUAAGGUUACUUAUUAACAUUACUGGUGGGUACCUAGACUAAAAUCAAAGCGUUCGUGUUCCAUACUUUACUCCUUCCUGUUGGUUCCUCCCUUUCUCCAGAGAAGUCUUUAGCGAAAGCGCAGUGGAUUAAGUUGUUUACCUAAUUGUUAAAUACUGUUCUAACACACACCUGUAUACUUAGCGUAGAUGCUGGCAGAGAGAUAUCAGUGCGUAUACUUGAGUCCAAAGACAGAACAUUUACCAAAGAUUGCACUUGAAAAGGUUUUAUUGAAUAUGUAUAUAAGCAAUUUAUGACUGGGAAUAUGCAAGUGAGACAGUGACUCGUGUGCUGCUUGUGUGGCAGCACCGUCUGUGAAGCAGCGUGUCUACAGGCCGCGUCGGUCACUUUCAGGCAUACCUGCAAAUUCACACUGCUUCGGGAAGCUAUUUUAGCUGGAAAUAAAAAAAUGUGCUGGGCUUUAGGCAACUAUGUUGAGAAAUCUUUUAUCUAUCACCUUUUUUUUUCCUCUUUGCUUUAUUUCUUAAUCCGUUUAUUCUUUCUCACUUUCUUGCCUUCUUUUUUACAUCGUAUUUGGUCCAAUGUGUUACCUCAUAUUUUUCAGAUCCUCUCUUAAACCAGCCCUGAACUCACACUUCAUGCGAGGUGCAGAUACCCUGCUAGCUAGGAAGCACUGUACCGUAAUUCGCAGUUCACUUUAACUACACACUGCAGAAACGUUAGCUUGAGAGAGAGAGAGCGAGAGAGAGCUGCUGUGACCCCAGAAAGGUAGAUUUCGGCGAAGAAUUCUGAAAAUCCACCCCAAAAAGGGGGUCCCUUUCUCGGCUUCCCCAGUAAUCACUAGUCAGGCAUGGUGCACGGAUUUAAAUACUGCGCCAGAUGAACUCAGAUCUGCGUUUUCCCGAAGGAUCCGUGACUGGUGGGUUUAAUAUGAAAAUUACCUGUAGUGCACGGCAGGGAAUGCCUGGUGUCCCCUCAGGGAAAUGCACAGCUUUCCUCCACCCCCACCCCCCCAUUCCCGCUCGGUACUUUAAUAUUUUUAAACUCAUUUUACAAAGCAGCGCUCAGAGCAGUGCUGGCGUUCCUUACAACACGGUAAUGGUUUUCACAUUCCUUAUAAAUAACAAAAUAUUUAAAGAAAUUAUGCAAAUUUAUAUAAGGUAGUAUACCUUGCUUUGCUUACUCACCUUCCUUUUAUUUCCAGUGUUAUUUAAAUGUGGCAAAGUACCCAAGCAAAGUGCCUUUAGCCCAUGAAUGUUUUAGUGCUUAAUAUUCUUCUUAAGGGUAAUAGUAUCGUGGGACCACAUGCAACUUUAUAGUGCAGGAGAGAUUUAUUAUUAGAUAUGGCCUGUUCUUUUUUUUUUGUUGACAGCGAUCAAUAGCUUAACAUUUUGUUUUUGUUUUUUUGGGGUGGGGGGUGAUUUUUAUUUCCGCGUGUGUUGUGUUACAUCUGGAAACCGUUACUACUUCCCUGCACCAAGAGUGUGUGAAGUUAAGCUGUGUCUCUGAGGUGUCCUGUACCACCAUGUAUGCGUUAAUAUAAUCUGCCGGCGUAAUGCUUUCAGAGUUCACCGUGACGGCAAACAGAAAAAUGAGGAAUUGCUUAUCGUCUUGUUACUAUUCCUAACCAUUUAUGUCAUUUGGAAGUACAGGCAGGCCAUGUUCUGUAACUAAUCACGAUGCUGUAUUGAGAUUAUGAUCAUAGAAAUAUUACACUAAUCUGUAUGAACUGUGGAAAAUGUUUCUAAUACCAUGUGUUAUUCUAUUGUGACGUCACGAGAUGUGACGUUAAAGGUCUUAGGUCUUAAUCUAGUUUAAUGCGGAGGAGAUGUGAGGUGUAAAGUUCUGCCAGUUCUUAUUGGUUUUGAAUUCAGUAGACAUUUCUGAGGCAGGGGUUCCAUUCUUUUCUAUUAUACUACGCCACAGGUCAGGUGUAAUGAGGUCAGGACAAUCCCGGAAUGCAAGACUUGUCUCGUAUCACCUGUCUGCUUCCAAGCAACCUGCACGCUGUCUUUUUAAGCUGUCAGCGUCGUAAGUCGGGCACAUUAUGCAAACUGUUUACUUUUGGAUUCACCUCUCCUGCAUUAAUAAAUAAAAGCUUCAGAAUGGA